GGGACAGCAUUAUAUUAGCUCUUGUACUAUUAUAUGAAUUUUACUGUCAAAUAUUUGUCAAACUAUGAAUUAAAUGCAUUGAAAUGACUGCUGGUAGAAUUAGUCCAGGAGAUUAGUAUGAAUUAUUUUUGUCCCAGAUACUUUUGGUGAGUAUGGUACGUUUUUAUGUUGCUCUCGAAACCGUUGUUUAAUUUUACCUAAACCCCCAAAAUCAAUUUGUAGGAAACAAAAUAUGGGUGAUAAAAUAAACGAAAUCUACUCCAGAGAAAAAACCAAAGGCCAUGGCUAUGUAGGACUCUAUUUCUUUAGUAGAAAAGCAUUCUUACCUCUGGAUCCUCUAUUAAUUAAAGACAUUUUAGGAAAAGAUUUUGCACAUUUCUAUGAUAGAGGAAUUUAUUACGACGAAGAAAACGAUCCUCUAAGCGCCCAUCUUUUCUCAAUCGCCGGACCAAAAUGGAAAAAUUUAAGAGCCAAAUUAACACCAGCUUAUUCACCGGUUAAGCUCAAACAUAUGUUUGACAUUAUUUUGAGUUGUGGUAGGCAAAUGUCUGAUGUAAUUGGGGAAAUUUCUGAGACUGAAGGUGAAGUUGAAAUAAAGGAGAUUCUUGCUAGAUAUAGUACUGACGUGAUAGGAUGUUGCGCUUUUGGCUUAGAGUGUAACACUAUGAGAAACCCUGAAGCUGAGUUCAGACAAAUGGGAAGACGAGCUUUCACACAAACAGUCGGUGAUGUCCUUAAGACGAUUAUCAUAAGAAGUUUUCCUUCACUGGCUAAGUGUCUGGGUCUUGGGAUUUUUUCAAGCACAGUUACUACUUUCUUCCGUAAAGUAGUAAGAGAAACCAUUACGUAUCGGGAAAUUAAUAACAUUCAAAGAAGAGAUUUUAUGCAAUUACUGGUGGAACUUAAAAAUAACGGGAAAAUCAGUGAAGACAAUUCAGACGAAAACAAGAUUAAUGAAGAACCAGGUACAGCUCUGACCAUCGACGAAGCUGCUGCACAAGCGUUUAUUUUCUUCUUGGCUGGCUUUGAGACCACGUCAACAACUACAAGUUUUGCCCUCUUCGAAAUGGCUUCAAAUUCGAAAAUUCAACAAAGAGCACGUGAGGAGGCACUUAAAGUUUUAUCCAAUCAUUUUGGCAAAAUAACUUACGAUGGACUUAUGGAGAUGAAGUAUUUGGAUACUGUAGUUAGCGAGACUCUCAGAAAAUACCCACCAGCUCCAGUAUUUCUCCGAAAAUGCACCAAACGGUACCCAAUACCCAAAACAAAAGCUUUCCUAGAAGAAGGUCAAUCAGUGCUAAUUCCUUGUAUUGGUUUACAAAGAGAUCCCGAAUACUUUCCAGAUCCGGAUCUAUUUGAUCCGGAACGAUUCAAUGAAAAAAAUAAAGAAAAUAUUGUAGAUGGAACAUUUAUUCCUUUUGGAUCCGGACCCAGAAAUUGCAUAGGAAUGAGAUUUGCAAUGAUCCAAUCAAAAAUUGCUUUAGUACUAUGUCUUGUGAAUUAUGAAUUCCGCCUAAGCAGCAGAACAAAGUUACCGCUCAAAAUGGAAACUAAAGGAAUCAUAUUAACUCCUAUUGGAGGGCUAUGGAUUAAAUUUGUAUCAAGAAAUAAAUAA